GCCAGAAGAGCGACACGUCUCAUUGCCCUUUGCGACGCUACUGCGGUGCUGGCAGGAUCAUCUCCAAGCGCGCUUCCUCUUCAUGGAAUUUCCUGUCACGGUACCCACACACCUUUCACAAUCCUCUCGCUGAUUCCAAUCAGGAGCCAACACCUCAGAGCCGUCGCAAUUGCCGGUCAGGUCGGUGGGGACACUCGGUGAAAGCGGACUGAAAUUACUGCGCCACACUCGAGUAACGGAUACCGAGCGAGUCGUCCUUAGCUGUUCAUUAGUGGACUCCAACAGUUGUUUCCACCCGAUAAAAGCACUAGGGUUCCUUCGUGAGCGUCGAAAUGGGGGAGAGCAGCGAGGAGAUUGAGGUGAUAAACUUGUGGUCUUCGCCUAGGUCUGUGAGUACGAGUCUGCUAUACUCAUUUGCUCAGAGAGAUGACAUGGAAGUGCUUGAUGAACCUCUCUAUCCAAAUUUUUUAAGAGUGACUGGAGCUGAUAGGCCUUAUACCAAGUACGUCCUGUCCAACAUGGAAUCCGAUGGAAAUAAGGUUGUGAGAGAGAUGAUUUUUGGCCCUGGAAAGAAAAAGUAUAGGUUUGUCAAGCACAUGGCUAGUCAACUGUUGCCCGGCCUGCCAGAAGAGUUGACAAGGAAAGGAAAGCACUGCAUAUUGAUAAGGAAUCCACUUGAUGUGUUGGCAUCCUAUGACAAGGUCAUUCCUCCAUUUUUCAUGGAUAUGGGUUAUGAUAUCAUGCUCUCCAUUUAUACCCAGCUGAGUGAUGAAGGAAGGCCCCCUCCUGUUAUUGAUUCAGAUUUGCUGCGUGGAGAUCCAGAGGGCACUUUACGUGGCCUAUGUGAUGAUCUUGGUAUUCCAUUUCAGCCUGCAAUGCUCAAAUGGGAAGCUGGACCAAGACCAUUUGAUGGCUUGUGGGCCUCUUAUUGGUAUAAGAAUACACAUAAAUCGACGUGCUUUGAACCUCCUAAGAAGUAUCCAUCAACAUUUCCACCUAGUUUGUAUGGCUUGCUUGAGCAAAGUUUACCUUUCUACAACUUGCUUAGGCAACAUGUGAAGCAGCCUACUACUGAGUCACUUCGACCCAGUAUUCCGUUAUCUGCCAAUGAAAAGUUGCUUGUUUGGGUUGGUGACCAGAUUUUGCCUCGUGAAAGUGCAAAGGUUUCAGUGUUUGACUCCAUUGUGCAAGGAGGUGAUGGAGUUUGGGAGGGUCUAAAUGUUUAUAAUGGGAAGAUAUUCAAAUUGGAGGAGCAUUUAGACAGAUUGUUCGACUCAGCAAAAGCUUUAGCAUUCAGCAACAUACCGACUCGUGAGCAGGUGAAGGAAGCAAUAUUCAAAACUCUUAUAACCAAUGGAAUGUUUAAUGAUGCACAUAUUAGAGUGACAUUAACUCGAGGGAAAAAGGUGACAUCCGGAAUGAGUCCGAAAUUCAACCUCUAUGGAUGUACAUUGAUUGUGCUUGGUGAAUGGAAGCCACCAGUAUGCGAUAAUGCAAGAGGUAUAACAUUGGUGACUGCAAGCACACGCCGGAAUUCACCUAAUAACAUGGACUCCAAAAUCCACCACAACAACCUUCUUAACAAUAUUCUUGCCAAGAUAGAAGGGAAUAAUGCGUGUGCUGAUGAUGCCAUCAUGCUUGAUAAAGAUGGCUACGUCUCAGAAACCAGUGCAUCAAACAUUUUUCUGGUGAAGAAAGGCAUCAUAGCAACUCCCCAUGCUGAUUACUGUGUUCCGGGCAUAGCGCGAAGCACUGUUUUUGAUCUCGCAACUAAGGAAAGCUUGAUAUUGAUGGAACGUCGAAUUAGCAUAUCAGAGUUCUAUACAGCAGAUGAGGUGUUCACAACAGGCACCAUGGGUGAGCUCAGUCCAGUCAUUAAAAUCGAUGGACGCAUUGUGGGUGAUGGUGAAGUGGGACAUGUCACUCAAAAAUUGCAAAAUGCUUACAAGAAACUGAGGUCAGAGUCGGGGGUGCCUAUUCCUACUUAUAAGAAAGCUUGAUCGCAUGAUCAUCUAAAAGAAAUUGGAUUGAGGACAACUUUUCUAUCAUGUAUCAGCUACCCUCAACUCAAGUCAGAACUCUUUUAUUUCAGUCAGUCAGAAUAAAACAUUUCAGGGCCUUUUUUAUCAUAUAUUUGGCCUGGGAUCGCUUAAAUAAAUAAUGUGCUACUUUUCUUUUUCAAAUAAUUUACAGCUGUGUUGAAUUAA